AUGAAAAAACGGAGAAGAAGAUCAAAAAGAAGAAGAAGAAGAAAAAAUUUAACUUUUGAGAAUAUUGUCACCGACCCUAUAAAAAAAAAAAAAUAUUUGGAGCGGAUUCAAGCGGGUUUAUUUACCGAAGAACAAUGGGAACAGGAAAUAGCAUUUAAAUAUGCAAUUGAUAGAAUCAAUAUGGAUCCGUUUAUAUUGUCAAAACAAAGAUUAGUCCCCAUAAUUGAAAAAAUUCCUUCCGGGGAUUCCUUUGAAGCUGGAAAAAAAGUUUGUAAUUUGACAUAUUCUGGAAUAGCCGCCAUAUUUGGUCCAAAUGAUAUCGCGAGCGCAGGAAUUGUCAAAUCAAUAUCUGAAACUUUAGAAAUUCCAAAUCUUCAAACUCAAUGGGAAAUUGCACCGGAUAAACUUUCUUUACUGACAAUCAAAACAUAUCCCGAACCCAAAAUGUUAUCCCAGGGGAUAGCAGAUUUAAUUGAAGAUAUGGAUUGGAAAAGUUUUACUAUUUUAUACGAAAACGAAGAAAGUUUAAUACGUCUUCAAGGAGUUUUAAAAUUAAAAGGACCAAACGAUUCACCAAUAGCAAUACGUCAAUUGGAUCCACAAGACGAUCAUAGAAUUAUAUUAAAAGAAAUUCAAAUGUCCGGGGAAACUCAUAUCAUAUUACAAUGUCAACCGGAAAGAGUUUUAACCGUUUUAAGACAAGCUAAAGAAGUUAAAAUGAUGGAAGAUUAUCAGAGUUACAUAAUCACGGAUUUGGACACUCACACUCUUGAUUUUUCCGAAUUUAAAUACGGGAGAACAAAUAUAACGACUAUAAGAUUGAUCGAUCCGGAAGAUUCGAAUGUACAAAAUGCAGUCAGAGAUUGGGUCGAAGGUGAAAAAAGAAAUGGAGUUUAUCUGGAUACGACACCGGAAACGGUUAAGGUCGAAACAGCUUUGCUUUACGAUGCCGUACAAUUAUUUGCAAAAGCCGUACACGUCAUAGAAAGUCCUAAAAAAAAAAUUUCGGUGACGCCAUUGAGAUGUGACGGUAUCGAAACAUGGCCUCACGGUUAUUCGUUAGUUAAUUAUAUGAGAUUGGUCGAAGGUAAAGGUAUGACUGGGCCAAUAGGAUUCGAACAAUCAGACGGUAGAAGAAAUUUAUUUAGAUUAGAAAUAGCAGAAUUGACGAAAAAUGGUUUUAAAAAAAUCGGAACGUGGGAUCCGAUAAAUAAAGUUAAUUACACGAGAACAAUCGGAGAAAUAUACAGUCAAAUUGUUGAAAAAUUGGAAAAUAAAACUUUUAUUGUGGUUUCAAGACUGGGUGCACCUUUUUUAAUGCUUAAAGAACCACAGGGUAGUUUAACCGGAAAUGAUAGAUUUGAAGGUUAUUCAAUUAAUUUAAUAGAUGAAAUAGCUAAAGAACUUAAUUUUAAAUACGAAUUCACAUUAACACCCGAUGGUAAAUACGGUUCUUAUAAUAGGGUGACUAAAAAAUGGGAUGGUUUGGUUAAACAACUUUUGGAUAGGAAAGCGGAUUUGGCCAUUUGCGAUUUGACAAUAACGUACGAAAGAGAAUCCGCCGUUGAUUUUACAAUGCCUUUCAUGACUCUGGGUAUUAGCAUAUUGUAUAGUAAACCCGUGAAACAACCACCAAAUUUAUUUUCAUUUUUAUCACCCUUUUCAUUGGAUGUUUGGAUGUACAUGGUGACGGCUUAUUUGGGAGUUUCGUUAUUUUUAUUUAUUUUAGCAAGAAUGACUCCUCACGAAUGGGAAAAUCCACAUCCGUGUAAUGAUAAUUGCGAAGAAUUAGAAAGUAAAUUUAAUUUGGUCAAUUGUCUUUGGUUUUCACUUGGAAGUCUUAUGGGUCAAGGAUGUGACAUUCUUCCAAAGGCGAUAUCGACGAGAAUCAUAGCUGGAAUGUGGUGGUUUUUUACACUUAUAAUGAUAUCAUCGUACACGGCUAAUCUCGCUGCUUUUCUAACCGUUGAAAGAAUGGAUGUGGCCAUCACGGGUGCCGAAGAUCUUGCCAAGCAGACUAAAAUUAAAUACGGGGCUGUCUUAGGGGGUUCAACCGCUGCUUUUUUCAAGAAUUCAAAUUUUUCAACGUAUCAGAGAAUGUGGGCAGCCAUGGAAUCGGCGAGGCCAAGCGUAUUCACGACGUCAAAUGCAGAAGGAGUUGAAAGAGUACUCAAAGGUAAAAGAAGUUAUGCUUUCCUCAUGGAAUCAACAUCUAUAGAAUAUCAAGUGGAAAGAAAUUGCGAAUUGCAACAAAUAGGUGAUCUUUUGGAUUCGAAAGGUUACGGAAUAGCAAUGCCAGUCAAUUCGCCGUAUAGGACGGCAAUAAGCGGUGCGGUACUUAAAAUGCAAGAAGAUGGUAGACUACACAUGUUGAAAGAAAAAUGGUGGAAAGAAAUGUACGGUGGAGGAUCGUGCAAAGAAGAUCAUGCUCACGCUGCUGCGUCACAAGCCGAACUCGGUUUGGCUAACGUCGGUGGUGUUUUUGUAGUUUUGGUUUUGGGUUGCACGGCUGGAUUCGUCAUGUCCGUUUUGGAAUUUCUUUGGAACAUACGUAAAAUAGCAGUCGAAGAAGGGAUUUCACCUAAGGAAGCAUUAGUAAUGGAAUUAAAAUUUGCAUUGAGUGCCGGAAGUAAAAAACCAACUGGUAAAAAAAGGCAAAGUUCGAGAGGUUCACAAAGUGUUACAUCAAGCCUACAUAUAAACGAUUACGAAUAA